UCGAAAUAAAUCAUAGUUCGUAUGCUCUGUUAGUUUAUCAGGUUAUCAAUCAUGAAGUUUCUUGUGUUAACCGCUCUGGCAUUAGCCUCCUCAGUCCACGGGGGUGGCAUCAUCCUCAAAGGACCCUCAGGUGUCAUCACUCCACAUGGUCCCAUUGGUCCAGAUGGCAGAGGAGCUGGAAAUGCUGGAGGAUGGAAUGGAGCUGGAGCUGGAUGGGGAGGCGCUGGAAAUGGAAUCAUCUUGAAAGGACCUUCCGGUGCCAUCACCAGAAACGGACCCAUCGGUCCUGACGCACUUGGUCAAGGAGGAUGGAACAACGGAGGAUGGGGAGGUGAUGAUGGCCAAUGGCGCGGAGAUGGUGGCUGGAACAAUGGAGGUUGGGGGGGUGAUGAUGGCCAAUGGCGCGGAGAUGGUGGCUGGAACAACGGAGGUUGGGGAGGAGAUGAUGGUCAAUGGAACGGAGGCUGGAAUGGUAACGAUGAUGGACAAUGGCGUGGGGAUAAUGGAGGCUGGAACAAUGGAGGAUGGGGCGGAGAUGAUGGUCAAUGGCGUGGUGACAAUGGAGCUUGGAACGGAGGAUGGGGUGGUGAUGAUGGCCAAUGGCGCGGAGAUGGUGGCUGGAACAACGGAGGUUGGGGAGGUGAUGAUGGCCAAUGGCGCGGAGAUGGUGGCUGGAACAACGGAGGUUGGGGAGGAGAUGAUGGUCAAUGGAACGGAGGCUGGAAUGGAAACGAUGAUGGGCAAUGGCGUGGAGAUAAUGGAGGCUGGAACAAUGGAGGAUGGGGCGGAGAUGAUGGUCAAUGGCGUGGUGACAAUGGAGCUUGGAACGGAGGAUGGGGUGGUGAUGAUGGCCAAUGGCGUGGUGAUGGAGGUUGGGGAGGUCAUGGCCGCUGGUAAGCUCCUGGCCACAAGGAACCAAACAGAGUUGGAGCGUACAAAUACUAUUAAAGACUGUUUAUUACUUGUUUUGUGAAUAAUUUAUUAUUUACCCUUGAGUGACAAUAAAGAAUGUGUAUAAAAAA